AUGGAAGUCCUUGACCCUUUUUUACCAGACACAGGCACAGAUUGCUGUUUUUUAUUUAAAUCUAUCAGUGAUACAGAAAACUGGUUCUGUGAGUGCCCUGGACUCUACUCUGGAAAACUUUGUCAGUUCACAACUUGUGAUGAGAAUCCAUGUGGGAAUGGUGCUACUUGUUUUCCAAAAUCCAGCCAAGAUGCGGUUUGCCUCUGUCCUUAUGGAAAAACUGGAAUCCUCUGCAAUGAUGCUAUUAAUAUUAGCCACCCCAGUUUCAAUGGCACAGAUGUCUUUGGCUACACCUCAUUCCUUGCCUUUUCUGCAAUCCCAAAUAUCAGCUUCUACUAUGAAUUCCGCCUGAAAUUUCAACUGGCAAACCGCAACUCAGCAGUACAAGAUAAUCUGAUAUUUUUCACUGGACAGAAAGGCCAGGGUCUCAAUGGAGAUGAUUUCCUGGUGCUAGGCCUGCGUAAUGGCAGUGUGGUAUACAGCUACAAUCUGGGCUCUGGCACGGCCACUCUCAUUAGUCAGCCACUCGAUCUGACACUCAGUAUUCAUGUGAUCCAUCUUGGCAGAUCUCUCCGAGCAGGCUGGCUGAAGGUGGAUGAUCAUAAGAAUAAAUCCAUCACAUCCCCAGGAAGGCUGGUUGGGCUCAAUGUCUUCAGUCAAUUUUAUGUAGGCGGCUACAUUGAAUACACUCCUGAACUCUUACCAAAUGGAUCCAAAUUUGAGAAUGGCUUUCAAGGAUGCAUUUUUGACAUAGAAGUUCGCACUGGAAAGGAUCACCGAUUUAAAUCACCAGGGACUCCGGAAGGCCAUCCCAACUCAGGUCGCAGUGUAGGACAAUGUGAAGAUUCCCCAUGCAGUUUAAUAAAAUGCAGAAAUGGUGGAAUGUGCAUGGAAAGUGGCUCUACUGUUUACUGUGACUGCCUCACUGGAUGGAAAGGAGCAUUUUGCACAGAGACAGUUUCAGUUUGCGAUCCUGAGCACAACCCACCACAUCUGUGUAGAAAAGGUGCUACCUGUGUGCCACUGCCUGAUGGAUACACAUGCCACUGCCCUCUAGGAACUACCGGCAUCUUCUGUGAACAAGCCUUAUCCAUAAGCGAUGCAUCUUUCAGAAGUAAUGAAUCAUCGUGGAUGUCAUUUGCUUCCUUUCAUAUCCGACACAAGACUCACAUCCAACUACAAUUUCAGCCUCUUUCUGCAGAUGGUAUCCUUUUUUAUACUGCCCAGCACCUUAGUCCUCGAUCAGGUGACUUUCUAUGUAUAUCCUUAGUAAAUGGAUUUGUACAACUACGCUACAGCCUUGGCGACAAGAUAGUCAUCUUACAGUCUCUUCAAAACGUAUGUACAAAUGGAAGUACAUGGCAUUUCCUUAAAGCAGGAAGAGUAGGUAAUGAAGGUUACCUGGAUCUGGAUGGCAUCAACAUUACCCAGAAAGCCAGUGCUGGAAUGACUGCCCUCGACAUAAACACAGAUUUCUAUGUCGGAGGAGUGUCAUCCUUAAAUCUGGUCAAUUCAAUGGCAAUAGAGAAUGAACCCAUAGGUUUCAGUGGGUGUAUACGAGAAAUUAUUAUAAACCACAGAGAACUAAAACUCACUGAGACAGACCCUAAAGAUGGUUCCAAUGUAGGUGACUGUGAUGGAACUGUUUGCGGGUACACAGUGUGCAAAAAUAAUGGUAAAUGUCAAGUUCAAAACUCAGGCUUUUCUUGCUUAUGUCCUCAACCCUGGACAGGGAACACAUGUGAACAAUCCGUUUAUUGUUCACAGAAUGUGUGUCUGCACCAGGCUCUUUGUAUUCCUGAUCCCAUUUUAUUUUCAUACAGUUGUGCAUGUACACUAGGAUGGUCAGGUAGAUACUGUGACAAUGAAAUCUCAUUUUCUACAGCAAAAUUUGCAGGUAAUUCAUACAUCAAAUACAUGGAUCCUCAUUAUGGAAAGAGAGACCUCAGAUUUACCAGUGUAUCUCUAAAUUUUACUACUAGUCAGAGUGAAGGCUUAAUUUUAUGGAUGGGAAAAGCUGAAAAUGAAGACAAUGAUUUCCUUGCAGUUGGUCUUACUAAUGGGACCUUGAAAGUUGUGGUUAAUCUUGGAGAAAAAAUCUCUGUCCCUUUAAUUCACAGUAAACAUUCCCUUUGUUGCAAGAGAUGGCAUUUUGUCACCAUAGCUCAAAACCAGACUUCUAUUAAAGUGUACCUUGAUGAAUAUCUGGUUCUCUUUGAAGAUAUUGAUCCACAAAGAAAAUACAUUGCUCUAAACUAUGGAGGCAUUUGCUAUUUUGGGGGGUUUGAACUUGGCAGAAAAGUAAACAUCGUCACUUCAGGGCUUUUUAGUCAGGAGCUAGUUGGUAAAAUUAAAGAUGUUGUACUCUUUCAAGAUUCUAAAACAAUCCAAUUAAUUAAGGCAGAAGGCUACAAUGUUUAUGAUGGAGAUCGGGAUUAACUGAAAAAAAUUAGGGAUAAACCCCCCCACAUGAACAGAUGAGUAGGUUUAUGCUCCACUCUGUCUACUGGCUAGUAAUAUUAGAAAGACUCCUUUUUAGUAAUAUGCUUAGUAGUAUUACGCACAUGCUGUAACUACUUGCUUGCUACUAUAAACUACCUAACUUUUUAUAUGGUUGGGUGAAUAGCACAGAUGAAAAAUGGUCGAAUUUACUUAUGCUACUAAUCUCAUUUCUAGAUACUGUUUUGAAAACAGGAAACUUUGAUUUUAUAAGUUUAUUUUGCGUGAGACAGUUUUGUACUCUGAAAGUGAGUUUACAAGAAGAACUGCCCUGAGAAAUGUUUAAAUUACUCCCUCCUUUCCAGUUUCUUUAGCCCAGCAUUCUCAAGUACACUGUAUUAGUAAAGAAAUAGAAAGGCAGACAUCAGAAACCAGUUCUCAGGGAGGGUGAUGGAGUACAGGUUGCCUAGUUUUACCUGGAAUUCCUGGAAACCAACUGGCAAUAGUAUACAAAAAAUUAACUACAUUUUCCUGAGUUUUAUUUCACACACACAAAUCUGUCUACUACUGUCAUCCAGAAUUCAGUACUUUUCCCAUUUAUUUUAAUACCAGAAAGUUUAUCCAAGUCUUAGUUUCUCUUACAAAUUGCCUGUAAAGCAUGAAAAAGUCAGCAUUUGUGGAAUAACUUCAUGCAUACACAGCAUUUCAUAGGAAAACACUGGAGUUUUCCUUCAGUGUAGGUUCAGAUUUUCCAAGAUGUCUAGGGGAUAUAGCCACACAUCUCCCUGAAGUUCAAUCCUCGUGUCAACUUAAAACCUCAACCAUAGAUAAAACCCCAAAGUAAACAAGUUUAAUUCAUUUUGCAAAUGCCUAGUUAUCAUUACUUUAAUGAUCAGUACUUUAAUCAACAAGAAAUAAAACAGAUACUUGUGUUAUAUUUAAUGUGCUCAGUUAUGAUAUGGCCUCCAAAGCCAUUUAAAUUUUUAAUUUCAAUCGACUGCUAUUAAUUUACUGUAUAAAUAAAAUGUUUACAUCAAAACAAAAGUGGUGGAUUUCUACCUUCUUCCCUUUUAUUACAGCUCAGGAUCAAGCUCUCUUCUCAUAUUAGAAAUUAACUAUAUAUACACACACACACACACAUAUAUAUACACACUCUGUACUCAACUGCAGAGAAGAGAAAUUACAUGGAUUUAUUUCAAGAUACAAAUCCAGCUACUCAACAAGAAUCAUAUAAGUAAAAGGCUGGAUGCCUUCUAAGGAGACAAUAUAAAUAAUUUAAAUCUAUCUGAAGUACUCAGUGACACGCCAAAUUUCCAGGCCCAUUUCAGGAUACAUAUAAAGCAGCAAUGUCUCCCCUAUUCAUCAAACUAUUUCUUAAAUAUUAAGGGACAACAGUCAAUACUGUGGGACAGACACUUGCUUGGUCCACUUCUUUAUGCUGCUCAGGCAAUGCAAAGGGAGCGGAAACUGCUCACAAGUCCUUUGCUGGGGAUUUCUCCAGUGUAAGGUUGUCCUCAAUGAGCACAGAGGUUCCUAUGCCUCACACUUCCCAGUAGAGAUAUCAGAAAUAGAGAGAAGAGUAGCUGAAGAAUAUUGCUUUCCAGCUACCCCCCAAUGGACUGUUGCCAUUUAGCAAGUUAAAGAAGCCUACUAGGAUAACUGGAGCCAAGAAGCAGGGAGGAGUAACAGGUAUAUUAGGGAGGUUAUUGGUUCUCAGCUAUUCCUCUUUCCCAGGCUCUCUCUUGGUGGGAGGGGAAGGGAGCCAUCUAUCCUGCUCUCUUCCCCAAGUCUCCCAGAGCCUAGCAGCUAGCCAGACAAUGGAGUAACCAGUUACUCUCUCCCCUUCUCCCACCAUGUGAUGCAGCAGGGGAACAGUUAACAGCUGCUCACAGCACUCCCAGCUCACACCUGAGGAACUCCCAUGGCUACAGGGGAGAAUAUGGGAGGCAAACUGGGGAGGCAGCACCCUAUACUACCACUCUAUAGUGAUGAGACGUAUUCAAACAUUUCAGUUUAGAACUGAAGGGCAGGACUCUGGGAACAGAUUUCCCAGUCAUCAUCAACUAAAAAUGUUCUUAAUACAGGUGUCUUUGAAAGCCACAAUUGAGAGCUACACGGUGGAUACCACUGUUACCCUAUAUCCACUGACCCAGUUUUUGAAAAUGUGAUGCAGCAUGGGCCAAGCUAUCAUGUUCACAAAUUACCUUUUCAAGCAAACCAUCUUAACAUAAUUAGGCAUGCUAAUUUUUUUUAAAGGGUAGCAGUUCAGUUUUACUGGUACUGAAUUAUUUUUAUGAUACAAACAGAAUAUGAGGUGGCUUGUGAGUACCAGCAGAUUGGGAAGAAGACUACUACUAGGCAGAUUAAAAGAAAGCCUAUACAACAGACAUCUAGUACAGAUAUUGAAAUUAUUUAAAUCUUAAUCCCAUAAACAAAAUCACCACUUUAAAUCAGAAUAUAAAUCUAAUAAACACAAAACAUUACCUACUUCAAAAUGAAUAUAAAGGAAUGGUAUUAUGCAUAUAGACCCCCAAAGGAAAAGGAUAUUUAAACUUAGAUUUCUUGGCCGAGAGAACCCAAUUUGUUGACAUGCUAAGCAACACCACAAUGCUUGCAAUUUAUUACCACCCAUGAAAUUAAUAGCCCAACCACCACUUCAAUUAUUGAACCAAUUUUGAACAGAAUGAUUUGAGUCCUGUAGUCCAUAGGCCAUGUAGGAUUCUUAAAUUAACGUUUUAAAUAUGGCUUUCAGUUCCUAAUUUAGUUGAGAAAUUAUUUUGUGAAUCUUCAGAGCUAUUGGCCUAGGAAUAAUUAUACAAUAAAAGCUACCACCACCUUUAUUUGGUAUAAAACAUUUUUAAUUUUAACCUUAUUUAAUUUGGCUGUAAAGCUAUGUGCAAUGUCUGCAAAUAAGAAGCUACUUUUAAAUAUAUGACCAAUUAAAAAAGUUAACAAUUAUUGUCUUUUAAUCACAUAUCUGUUAUUGGAAAGAAGAGGUUUAUUCUACACCAAAGUGCAAAAAGCUGUGUUCAUAGGUAAGGCAAUGUAUUCAAACUUCUUUAUACACAAUAUUCUUAAGUAAAAAUAAUUAGACCAAAUACUGCAAAAUAGUAUGAUGGACAGAAUAAUGUAAUGGUAGACUAUUUGUUUUUCAAAA